GUUUCAGUGUGAAUGACAAAUGUGACGCGGUAGGUGAAAAUUGUGGACGAAAAACUGGCGAAAAACUAGAGAACCUAGCGAAAAGCGCAAGAACACAAAAUGAGCGAGUCUGUGGCAACAGGAGCGGCAGAUGCCGUUGCCGUUCAAGGAAUGGGCAUCAACAAAAUACACUUUUCCAAGGAGGUGAAACAGGUCAUCGACAAGGUGCUGAAAACAGAUGAACAGGAUCCAAUGGAUGCACCCGAUUUCAAUACCGUGGACUACAUCAAUCAGCUGUUUCCCAACGAGCAAUCGCUGGCCACCAUCGAUGAGACCAUUCAACGGAUGCAGUGCGAAGUCUCCCUCAUCGAUGAUAAUAUCCGCUCUGUGGUGCGUGGCCAGACGAAUACCGGUCAGGACGGACAAUUGGCUCUGUGCGAGGCACAAAAGGUCAUCAGUUCCCUAUUCACGCACAUCAUCGAUGUGAAGACACGAGCCGAGCGCACCGAGGAAAUGGUCAAGGAAAUCACACGCGACAUCAAACAACUGGAUUGCGCCAAGCGGAAUCUCACCUCGGCGAUCACGACACUGAAUCAUCUGCAUAUGCUUGUGGGCGGCAUUGAGAGCUUGAACGAGCUGAUUGAGCGACGCUCCUACGGUGAGAUUCUAAAUCCAUUGCAGGCCAUCACCGAGGUAAAUCAACAUUUUCAGCAGUAUUCGGACAUUGAGGAAAUUAAGAAUCUGUCGCAGAGCGUAGAUAAAAUCCAAGUGACGCUGGCACAACAAAUAACUGAGGACUUUAAAGAGGCAUUCGCCAACAAGCCGUCAACGCAGCACAGAUUGGGACUCAAUCAGCUGGCGGAUGCAUGCAAGGUGAUGUCCGUGCUGGAUGCGAAGGUGAAGAAGGAGCUGCUCAAGUGGUUUAUAGCCCAACAGCUGGAGGAGUAUAUGCAUCUGUUUCACGAGAACCAGGACAUCGCCUGGCUGGACAAGAUCGAUAAACGCUAUGCCUGGCUAAAGCGUCAUCUGUUGGACUUUGAGGAUAAAUAUGGCGCCGUCUUUCCGCUGGACUGGGAGGUCUCCGAGCGUAUUACGGUCGAAUUUUGCCGCCAGACACGGCAACAGCUGGCUCAGAUAAUGGCCAAGCGCACCAACGAGAUCGAUGUGCGUUUGCUCCUCUUUGCCAUCAAUAAAACGCAGGCCUUUGAACAGUUGCUCUCCAAGCGUUUCACGGGCAUCACGUUGGGCACCACGCCCGCCGAGCAGACACGUGUGCUCACCUUACCGGCCACAACAGAGGCACCGUUGUCAGUGACCAUAUUCCAUGAUCAGAUUGGUCAGUGUUUCAAGCCACAUUUGGACAUUUAUAUACGCAGUAUUGAUCGCAAUCUCGCCGAGCUGCUGGAGAAGUUCAUUGAGAUGUCCAAGGAGCCGUACAAAUUUGCCGAGGCCAAAACCACGGUUUAUCCCAGCUCUGGAGACUUGUUUGUCUUCUAUAAGAAGUGCAUGGUGCAGUGUAAUCAGCUGAGCAACGAGCAGCCCAUGUAUGAUCUGGCGCUAGUCUUCAAGAAAUAUCUACGUGAAUACGCAUCCAAGGUGCUCGAGGGCAGCACACCCAAACUGGUGCCGAACAGCACCAGCAGUUCCAUUGGCAAAAGCGUCUCGCUGCUGACGCGCGACAUGCAAAAUCUCUCCACGGCUGCCGGGCAGGUCUUCCACAAUUUCCUCAAGGAAGGCGACACGCAGCGUUUCGGUCGCGAUGAUCUUGUGCGCAUCUGUUGUGUGCUGACCACCGGUGAAUAUUGCCUGGAGACCGUGCAGCAGCUGGAGGAUAAGCUGAAGGAGAAGGUGACGCCUGCCUAUGUGACCAAGAUUGAUAUGAGCGAGGAGAAGGAUGUUUUUCAUCGCAUCAUUUCCAACUGCAUACAACUGCUCGUGCAGGAUUUGGAGGCCGGUUGUGAGGCGUCGCUGCAGGCAAUGGCCAAGGUGCAGUGGCAGCAGAUCAGCAACGUGGGAGAUCAGAGCGCCUUUAUCAGCAGCAUUUGCAGCAAUUUCAAGCAGACGGUGCCCACAAUACGCGACACGCUUGCCAGUUCUCGCAAAUACUUUACGCAGUUCUGUCAUCGCUUUGUGGCCGCAUUUAUACCCAAGUUCAUUAAUGUGCUGUACAGGUGUAAGCUGACGCUGUCGGAUGGCUCCAACAAUGUGCUGGGCUGUGAGCAGCUGCUGUUGGACACACAUUCGCUGAAAUCGGCACUGCUCGAGCUGCCGUCGGUCGGUUCGAGUGUGAAUCGCAAGGCUCCGACUAGCUACACCAAAGUGGUGGUCAAGGAUAUGACGCGUGCUGAAAUGAUAAUCAAAGUGGUCAUGACGCCCGUACAGCCGCCGGCGCAUUUUACGCAACAAGUGCUCAAACUGCUGCCGGACAUUACAAUAGCCGAAUAUCAGAAAAUACUCGAUAUGAAGGCGGUUAAGCGCGUGGAUCAACUUCAACUGAUUGAUCUCUUCAAGCAUACUGCCUCGGCGGCGGCCGUCAGUGGUCUUUUGGAUGCACCCAACAGCGAAGAGGACACGCCAAAUCCAAGCGAAACACCAGCAACUGGCACAGAGGAGCCAGAUGCAACGACUGCUGCUCCUGCAUCGGUUGAAAUUCCAACAACUAGUGCCUCCAGUUCCACGCCGAAGCGUGCCUUCAUCUUUAGCGUGGGCAGUUUUACGGGCAGUGCGGAUAAAAAUGCCGAUGGCAGCUCUCAGACGGGUAUUCGCAAGCUGGAGAGCCUGCUCAAGAAACGUUUCCCCUAGUCAAAGCCACUAACUAGUUUAUAAAAAUCCACUAACAUUCCAUUAGUUCGCUGUAAUUUCAUAAGAUGUUCCACAUUUCGAUAAUUUGAAGAAUAUGUGACUUUUAGCAACAAUUGGCAACUCGCGUCCAUAAAAGUGUGUAAGAUUUAGUAAUAUUUUAUUUUUAUACAUAGAAAGUCAAGGCUAUAAAUGGCGGCAUUAGUAUAAAUUUCGAAUUGACAAAAACAAGUCUUGAUUUACUUUUGAUCGAAAAUUUUCAUUAAAAAUGUCGAUUCUGAUAUCUAAAUAUUAUAAUUACAAGAGAUUCUAAUUCUCUGUACUUGUACUUAGCAAAUUCUAAUUUAUUUAAUGCAGCAAUAUUUUAAAAAUUGUAAGUUAUUUUUAACUGCAAUUAUGAACGACUCUUAUUGUUUAUGAGUUUAGUUUAUUCGUGUUUAAUGACAAUUCAUUGGAUUAAUGUAUGUUGUACCAUUAAAAACAUUUUUAUUGGAUGUUGAAUUCCACUUCCAAGUUCCCUUUGGUAAUAAUGCCUUGAAUAAUUUUGAAAAGAAUUGAAAGACAUGUUAUCGAUUUUGUAUUUGCUUUUAUUGUAGACUUGACUUGUUAGCUUUAAAACAUAAACUUAUGUGACUAUAUUGAACGUUGUAUUCUCAUCGAUUCAUUGCUCUGUGUUCAUUGUUCAUGUUCAUGGUACUAAUGACUACGAAGUUUACUUUUAAAAGAUAUUUCUAUGUUGAGAGCUCUUAAGUACUAGAGAUGCGUUUAUGCUAUAUAGUACAUGCAAAACUAAGUAACUAGCGAGAGUUUCAAUUUCUUGUUAUUCUUGUUCAUUUUUUUUGUAACGUACGAUCUAAAUUGAAGAUCUUUUGAAAGUUUUGAAAGUCGCCCGAGGAGCGCACAAAAAAAUACAAAUCUCUAUAACAAAAGACUUAAGACACGAACUAAAUUAUACAACUAAAUACUAAAA